CAAAUUUGAACGCCGUUUGUGCACCCGACAACUCAACCAUCAAAUUCCUGAGCAGCUUGAUUCACGCAUGGCUCUCGUGCCAUAGGAAGACUCUCUGAGAAUAUGUGGAAAGAUUAGCAUUAUAGCAGCAUGGUUCCGCCUUGUCGAUGGUGGCGGCUGAAUGACGUUGGAAUUGGCACCUGGGACAAUUCGCAGAUGAAUACCAGACAGGGAGAACAUCAACCUUGGCUCGAUCCUUACCCUUGACACGGGCGGCCACGAUCUUGUGUAUUCCCGCCCCAAGCUUUUAAGAGGGGCGUCACGAACCAUUUAGCUAGUGCCUAUGAUCACUGGUUUGGAAAUAUCACAUUGGAAAGAUAUUUCACACACAGAGGGUUUCAAAGCCUGGGCCUGACAACUUCAAGCAGGUGCUCACUAUCUCCUGUGGCACAUCGCAAUCGACCUAUUAGCGCAAGGAACCAGGGGCCCGGAAAAGUUAGAAUUCCGUGGGAUUAUUUGAACUGUCACGUGGGGAAUCGAAUAUCUUUUACACGGGAAUCCUAAUCAUGAUUCAUGAUUGACUAGAAGCUACUCGCGCUUGGACCAGCCCCAACAUGCACGCCGAAGAUCGCUCAGACCCAAAGUGUCGGAGUACUGCGGAACAGUUUAGCUUGAGUGCCGAUAAUCUCCGAUGAUUGACGUGAAGUCACGCCUGCCAUCGUCACUCGCGUAGGCGUCCAUCCAUUGAUCUCCUCUUCGGACUGUUCCUACUUAUUGCUUUUUUUGUCCCGUCUUUCGAUAGGCUACGACCUCCGACACGAAGAAGCCAUGACUUCCCAGAACGGUACCUCCACUCACCAGCCACCCUCAACCUCAACCUCCGCCCUCCCUUCAUCGGCAUCGGCAACCUCCUCCAUCCGCAGCGCUAGUACCAACACAGUAUCGAACCUCUCCUACGCAGCACAGAACCUCGCUACUGCCGCAUCGUCCUCACUUCUGACACCCUCCUCCAACCCCUCGGUCUCUCGCCCCGAAUCCAAUUCGUCUACAUCUUCUCAACAACAGAAUGGGACCGGAUUCCGCGUUCCGGCGCACAAGCACGCGCAUCAUCUCCACUCCAUACCACCUCGAGAGAAGAGCACGCGGACACUGAUCGUGGACCAUAUGCUUUGGGUGCACGGUCGCACACGCUUCUCGCAAGCGCGCGCUGAACUCGGAAUGACCGACCGCACAGGCGGCCCCCUUUCACCACACUAUGCACACCGUCUACGGCCCGAGACAUAUGAGGAAUCAGAGGAUAUGGGUUCCGAUGGGGAGGAUGCGGUAACGCUCAAAGCGCGCGCAGGCGACCCGGGGCGCCCGCACAACGACGACGAGGACGAGCGGCUGCGGGCUCAGGAUCUGGGGUUAGCGCGCGGUUUGAGGGUGCGCGCAGAGGCAGUGGAGCGGGUGAUUACAAGUAUGCUGGAGCAGAUGCCGAAAGAGGGUGAGGGCCGGAGAGUCGACGAAGAAGAAGAUUCUGGAACGCCACCAACAUCCCCUAGAAUCUUCCCAAGCACGCAGACGCCUGGACCACAUGUGCUGCCGAACGGAGUGCGGUUGCGACUUUUGCUCGGAACGAUGAUCAACGACCUAUUCGCACGGCAAGCGCCCGUUCAGUCCCACCGACAUCGACGGAUGUCCAUCUCCUCUCCAGCCGCGCAAACUGUCUCGCUUGUCGCGCUUCCUCCGGCGCUAUCGUCCUUGAGCAACGUUUCUGGAUCGUACCCUGAGCAACCCGACAUCCAGCCCUGGACGGCGCCAUCGUCGAGCCUACGUCCUGGCCCUGGUCCUCUGUAUCCUGUGCAACCACGGACACCACCAGCCCCCAGUGCACGAGUGCGCACGCUGUACAACGCAGGUGCAGACCCUAGCACGGCUAACGCUCCACCAGCCUUCCGCUGUCCGCGGCAUCUGCACACGGGCUGCGAGAUCUGUGUCGAAGCCAAGGCGAGUGUCCGGGUAUCUACGAAGCGCGGUGCCGAGCUGGGGAGUACCAAGGCGACCCAAUACUGGAAGGCGAUGCCCGGGGGACUGGCGCCCGAGGGCGGAGGGAUCAGUGGCUGGCUGGACGGUAGCGGAAUCGGCUCCGGUUUGACCAGGGCAGCUAGGACGGGAACGGUGCUCAGGAGAGGGAUGCACGUCAUCCAUGACGAUGGGUGCGGGGUGGGCAACACCAAGCUGUCGGAACUGAUCCCGCGGUUUUUGAGGCUGAGCGCGAUGGUCGCUGCAGAGAUGGGGAGAGAGGCGAGGGGUGAAGAAGAAGAGCCUGCUGCCGUGGACGACAACGAGAAUGAAAACAAUGACCUGGCGGAUGCCGAUGGGGACUUUACGUCGCCAGAGAUGGUGACAGACAGAAUGGACUGGCAAGGGCCACCAGAGAUGGAACCGCUUCCGCCCCCUGCGUCCCCGAUUGCAACUCCGCAUAUCUACAACUCCGCACUCCUGCCAUCGAGAGAAUGGUAUCUGCUACUGGCAGGGCUGCUUACAAGAGCAGUUCUGGAGGGCUAUUUGACGGCCGGAUGGCGCGGCCCUGAUGCUGUUGACUGUCUUCUUAAAGUCGGUUUGGGAAUGCAUCCACCGCUAACAGAACCCAAGGAUGAUUUCGCGGAAUUCAAUCCUGACGAGCUGCCGAGUUUGCCGGAUGCGGUGAAGAUGCUGUUCCCUACGCUCCGGAAUCCGAUGGGAAACAAAGGUCUAGCUGAGGAAGAGUUCGAGAUGGAGAUGGAGACACGGCUGAGGAGGUUCUACGAUAUCCCGCCAUCAACACCAGACCUGUCGACUCACAUGGAGGACCUCGCUUGGCAGUAUCCCGCCGAACCAGUCGAGCGUGCGGCUGUCAGAUUUUGCGAGGCGAUCGAGAAGUGGAGGGGGAAACCCGAGUUAGAGACGUACAAGAAAAAGGGGCACAGUGUGACUGCUGGCCCUGUCCGCAGUACACGCAAACCCUCGAUCGACGUGUAUUUUACCCAACCCUUUCGCUGGGUUUCCAAUAAGCGGCGGAGGGAGGAAGAUGGCGAGGAGGUGCCCGCCGCAAAAGUACCCAAAGUGAAUGGUGUUCAUGUAGUGUAAAUGUAAAUAGUCCAUGAGUGUCUACUGUUGCAGUGUUAUGGCCUGCUCAGUCCAGUCCCACAAGCGGCCUGCUAACUCGGCGUCCCUUGACACCUUUGUUUGUGCACCAGGGACACCGAUGGGAUCGUAUUUCUCUCCGUUGACGAUCUCGGCCCCAUUCACAUCUUUGCUCGCGGUGCCAGCCCAAAGCUGAGUGUAUGCGCCCUGUGCCGGAGUCAACAAUGUCCCGAACUGCAUCAGCGACCCUAACAAGCGCACAAGCGCGUUCUGCUGCGCCAACAUCGCGGUCUGCACGACGCCAGGGUGCGUCGACAGAGCCGUGAUAUGGGGGUAGCGCCGCGCCAGCUCAGCUGCGAAUAGGAUGUUCGCCAACUUGCUCUGCGCAUAGCGCCACUCGCGCUCGAGCAGCCCUCCCUGCGGCGUACGCAGGGUGUCGAACGAAAUUCCGCCGCGCGGGUGCAUCCCGAACGCAGCGGAUGAGGUGAUCACCACGCGUGGUGCGGCGGCGCGCAGCAGGCUGGGCAGAAGCAUCUUGAUGAGAAGCGCGUGCGCGAGGUGGUUGACGGCCAUGUGCAUUUCAUACCCGUCGACGGAUACCGCGGGCGGUACACUCAUCACGCCUGCGAUGCAGAACACGAUAUCUAUUGUGUCGGAUGCGUCGGUGAUGCGCGUCGCGGCUGCGCGGACGGAGGCUUGGGAGGAAUGGUCGCAUUCGAGGAAAGUGACGAUUGUCUCGGCGGACAGUUCGGCGACAAUCUUUUCUCCCUGUGUCCUAGGACGGCCAGUGAAGUAGAUCUGCUUUGGAUGGUGUUUCACGAGCUCGCAGAUGACGGCGUGGCCGAUUCCAGCAGUUCCUGGAGAUCUAGGUCAGCUGCGUAAGCUCGAUGUGAAGUGCAUGAACUGACCUCCUGUCACUACAAUCACUUUCCCCGUCAGGUCAGGGAUCUCUGUGUCGGGAUUGUACCAAUUAAGCUGCAUGGUGACGCAGACUCAUGGGAUGUAGGCGGAUGUAGGUAUUCCUUCUUCCGCACACUUAUAAAGCAGGUAGAUUCAGGGCCAUCAUCGGGUGAGAGAGGGUACGUUGCGAUUUCUUGAGCCUGGUGCCGGUUCCUACGUAGUACGCGUCGUCAUCCCCGCCCUUGGCUUGCCGACGCGAGGGGUGUCACUUGGAACGACAAAUCCCAUCUGAUCCACAAUUUUGAUGGGCAGUCACGCGGAGUGACGCAUCCGAAUCUUUGAUGCACGAAUCCUGAACACCAUAACUUAGGAUUCAAGAGAGAAAAUCUGGGAGUGUAAAAAGUCUCAUUCAGAGGGCCUCUAGACGCAUGACCCUGCAAAAAUUUACCAUCCUUGUCCUUCGGUGAGGCUAAGAUUCCAUGAGCCAUUGACUGCAACAUGACGGUACUUGAUUUGCUCACCUGGAUCGUCCUGGCGCUUGAGGAAAUGUAUUCAAGAGAGCUUAAUGUCUACGAUGUGGCGUGCACGUGGCCGGCCAAGAGCUGCAGCCAAUGACUGAUCACAUCUAGUUAAAGACUCGAUCCACCACUCGUCAUUCAGAGACUGUUCAGCAAAAGCUUGAGCAUCAUCCGGGUCUCACUCUAUCGCAAUUCUGCCGCAUUUUCAAAUGCCGAACGCGCGAAUUAUAAAUGCCGAACGCACAAAUCAUCCACAUGUGCAUGAAACACGCGUUUCGUCGAUAAUGACGUGAAGUCCACGUGUCAAGUAUCGAAGGCUCACGUGCAAGAUCUCCGCUAUCGCAAUUUAACUUGCUGUGUUUUUCUCGGUCCCAGCAUCUCUCUUUGAUGCUUGCACGGACUUCUAUUACGCGGAAUGCAACUCCCGAAAAUGCACGCUGACAGCUGCGACCUAACGUGCAAGCUCGGCGGCAGUAGGAUGUUC